UUAAACUCGUGAAAGUAGACUAUGAGGACAAGGAAGCCCUUCGGGGCGCCAUCCAAGGUCAAGAUGCCGCCCUCAUCACUCUAAACGGCUGGACUACCCUAGAGAAAAACUCUAAAACCAUCAUCGAUAUAGCUAUUGAGGAAGGCGUUAAACGUGUAAUUCCCAGUGAAUUUGGAAUUGACAUGCAUCAUUGGCCUGGCACCGAGCACACAUUCUUCACCCCACAAAUAAAUGUCAGUACCUAUCUCAAAGAAAAGGCAGCUGCGGGCCUGAUUGAAUACACGUCCGUCUCAUGCGGGUUUUUCUUCGACUGGAGUCUCAAGCUCGCUGGAGACUUCCAAUUCACUGGUAUGGAUAUUCCAAACAAGACAGCCACUAUCUUCAACGGCGGUAACGCAAAAGCCAACCUCACCAACCAAGACAGUGUCGUUCACGCCAUCCUCUAUAUACUCUCCGACCUCUCUAUCUUGAAGAACCAGGACCUCCUCAUCCACGACUUCUUCGUCAGUCAGAACGAGAUAUUGGAAGUUCUGGAGCAAGAGACCGACUCAAAGUGGACUAUCAAGGAUGUAGACGCAGAAGCACUUCUCAAGGAAUCUCAAGCCGGUUUGGACAAAGGGGAUUUCUCCUUUAACAAUGUUUGCUCGGUUCUCAAGGUCUAUGCAUGGGGUAAAGAGAGCUCGUCGAGAUGGGGGGAUGAUGAUGAUAGUGCCCUCUUGAAGUUGCCGAAGAGAGAUAUGAGAGACGAAAUUAAGAAGGUACUAGGAACAGCUUGA